AUGGGCAACGUUAUCUCUCUUGUCUCCACUUCGGCUAACACCAUCAAUGCCUUUGCGAAGCAAAGCAAAGAACUCCACGCUAAACUCACUGAUCUACAAGACCCGGCAAAGCUUGCCGUCAAAACACUUUCCGGGGGCCAGGCACAUGGCGAGCUCGUCAAGCUGGGUGGCCAGAUCCAGAAGAACGUGGAGCAAAUCUCCAACGGACACGUUCACGACUUCAUCGCCUCCUGCUAUGACGAGAAUUCCGAAGCUGGUGAAGACGAGUACUUCUUCGUAUAUCAUCCUGGCACCGACUGGUACCCGGCCUUCAACCGCCUGUUGAAAGAAUAUCCAAUUCCCAAGUUCUGUGGCACAUUUCACAGUAUUGGGGCGAUGUCAGUCUUCCUGGAAAAGUUCAGGCUGGUUGUGGGACCAGACCCUACGAUCAACAUUUUGGUCCCAGCUGUCCAUUUCUUCGUUGUACCGGAUGAGAUCGAAAUCCCAUCGGCCUUGUUUCCUAUUCGCAUUAGAGGAGAAAUUCACCAAAGUGGUAACCCCUACGUCCACGUCAACAUAAGGAACAUUUCAUCAGUUCAGCGGGACUUCUUAUACAAUGUUGCGAAAAUCAGUAAUAUUAGCGCGACCGACGGUGACGCCAAAGCCGCAAACCGACAACAAAACCUUCAUGGCAACUGGCGCCGAAAGGUCUACUCGAUAUCUCGAGCAGCCGCAGCAGGCGCACCUGCGGCUGCUAAGCAUAUGGCUACCUGCAGAGCGCUGAGUGGGCUUCUCGCCGCGCCCGUAGCUGUUUGCUGUCCUCCUUUGCUGGUCACAGUCGCUGUAGGAUGCGCCCUGGCUGCUCUUUGUUGCGGUGCUGUUGCAGGGAUCAAACCUGGUAAGGCGGCGAAACAUGAAGCCGAAAUUAAAUGGGACAGACGAUUCGGCGCGGAGAAGGGCAGUCUAUCUGGUCACAAUCUCCUGGCAAAGAUGAAGAAAAUUGAAUUCUGA